AGAGAAGGGAGGGUUGGGGGAAGUGUGGAAAACCUGAACCUGAGCGGUUGCCGCCAGAGGAAGAUUUGGUGGGAGGAGAAGUAGAGGGGAAGAGACGGGUGGAGGGUGAGGUGAGGAGGGCAUCUGGGUCGCUGGUCCCGGGCGGCACAAAGUUCUUCGCGAUGUGGCUGAAGCCUGAGGAAGUGCUCCUGAAAAAUGCGCUGAAGCUGUGGCUGAUGGAAAGGUCUAACGACUACUUCGUGCUGCAACGGCGUCGGGGCUACGGGGAGGAAGGCGGAGGGGGGCUCACAGGGCUUCUGGUUGGGACUCUUGAUUCAGUCUUAGACUCUACUGCUAAAGUAGCUCCAUUUCGCAUCCUACACCAGACACCAGAUUCUCAAGUUUACCUGUCAAUUGCAUGUGGAGCCAACAGAGAAGAAAUAACCAAACAUUGGGAUUGGUUGGAACAAAAUAUCAUGAAGACCUUAUCUGUGUUUGAUUCAAAUGAAGAUAUUACUAAUUUUGUACAAGGAAAAAUAAGAGGAUUAAUUGCUGAAGAGGGAAAACAUUCUUUUGCAAAAGAAGAUGAUCCUGAGAAAUUUCGAGAAGCCCUUUUGAAAUUUGAAAAAUGUUUUGGUUUACCAGAGCAGGAGAAGUUAGUGACCUAUUACUCAUGUAGUUAUUGGAAAGGACGAGUUCCUUGUCAGGGUUGGCUGUAUCUUAGCACCAAUUUUCUGAGCUUCUAUUCUUUUUUGUUGGGAUCGGAAAUAAAACUCAUUAUCUCCUGGGAUGCGGUCUCAAAACUUGAAAAGACUUCAAAUGUCAUACUGACAGAGAGUAUUCAUGUGUGUUCCCAAGGGGAGAAUCACUACUUUUCAAUGUUUUUGCAUAUUAACCAAACAUACCUUCUUAUGGAACAGCUGGCAAACUAUGCCAUAAAGAGACUUUUUGAUAAGGAAACAUUUGAUAAUGACCCAAUCCUUGAUGAUCCUCUACAAAUCACCAAAAGAGGUCUGGAAAAUCGAGCCCACAGUGAGCAGUUUAAUGCUUUUUUUAGGCUGCCCAAAGAAGAGACUUUGAAAGAAGUACAUGAAUGUUUCUUAUGGGUACCAUUCAGUCACUUCAAUUCUCAUGGAAAAAUGUGUAUCUCAGAAAACUAUGUCUGUUUUGCUAGCCAGGAUGGCAAUCUAUGUAGUGUAAUUAUUCCAUUACGAGAGGUCUUAGCUAUAGAUAAGACAAAUGAUUCCAGCAAAUCUGUCAUCAUUAGCAUCAAAGGAAAGACAGCUUUUCGCUUCAGUGAAGUUAAAGACUUUGAGCAACUGGUGGCAAAACUCAGGCUCAAGUGCGGGGCAGCUCCAACUCAAUAUCAUGAUAUUAGCACAGAGGUUUCAAUUCAUUCUGAUUCUAUAGACCCAUCUGAUAAUGCUGAGGUACGAUCUUUGACAUGUCAGAGAGAAUGCAGUAAAACUGUGAACACCGAAGCCUUAAUGACGGUAUUUCACCCUCGGAACUUGGAGACUCUUAAUUCCAAAAUGUUGAAAGAGAAAAUGAAGGAACAGUCAUGGAACAUCCUAUUUGCAGAAUGUGGGCGUGGUGUUAGCAUGUUUCGGACCAAAAAGACUCGAGAUCUAGUUGUAAGAGGGAUUCCAGAGACCUUAAGAGGAGAGCUCUGGAUGCUUUUUUCAGGUGCUAUUAAUGACAUGGCUGCUAAUCCUGGCUAUUAUGCUGAAGUGGUUGAGCAGUCCUUAGGGACCUGCAACUUGGCUACUGAAGAAAUUGAACGUGAUUUGCGUCGCUCCCUGCCUGAGCACCCAGCCUUUCAGAGUGACACUGGCAUAUCUGCUCUGAGGCGGGUACUCACUGCUUAUGCAUACAGGAAUCCCAAAAUUGGAUACUGUCAGGCAAUGAACAUUUUGACUUCAGUGUUGCUUCUGUAUGCAAAAGAGGAAGAAGCUUUUUGGCUUCUGGUUGCUGUAUGUGAACGAAUGCUGCCUGAUUAUUUUAAUCGUCGAAUCAUUGGUGCCUUGGUGGAUCAGGCAGUCUUUGAAGAACUUAUCAGGGAUCACCUUCCCCAGCUGACAGAACACAUGACUGAUAUGACAUUCUUCUCCUCAGUUUCUCUCUCAUGGUUCCUCACACUUUUUAUUAGUGUGCUACCUAUUGAAAGUGCAGUGAAUGUGGUGGACUGUUUCUUCUAUGAUGGAAUAAAGGCCAUUUUACAACUGGGAUUGGCAAUACUUGACUAUAAUUUAGACAAACUGCUGGUAUGUAAAGAUGAUGCUGAAGCCGUGACAGCUUUAAACAGGUUUUUUGACAAUGUCACUAAUAAGGAUAGCCCAUUGCCUUCAAGUGUUCAGCAGGGUUCAAAUGUGAGUGAUGAAAAAAGCAGUCAUGUUAGAGUGGAUAUUACAGAUUUGAUUAGAGAGUCAAAUGAGAAAUAUGGUAAUAUUCGCUAUGAAGAUAUACACAGCAUGCGCUGUCGAAAUAGGUUGUAUGUGAUACAGACCCUAGAAGAAACGACAAAGCAGAAUGUGUUGCGUGUUGUAUCGCAAGAUGUCAAAUUGAGCCUUCAUGAAUUGGAUGAACUUUAUGUCAUCUUUAAGAAAGAGCUUUUUUUUUCUUAUUAUUGGUGUUUGAGUUGCCCAGUAUUGAAGCACCAUGACCCCAGUCUGCCAUAUUUGGAACAGUAUCAGAUUGACUGCCAGCAGUUCAGAGUGUUGUAUCACUUGUUGAGUCCAUGGGCUCAUUCUGCAAACAGAGACUCACUAGCUUUAUGGACAUUCAGAUUGUUGGAUGAAAACUCUGACUGCCUUGUAAACUUCAAAGAAUUCUCCUCUGCAAUUGACGUAAUGUACAACGGAAGUUUUACUGAGAAGCUUAAGCUGCUUUUUAAGCUACAUAUUCCUCCAGCUUAUACUGAAGUGAAAUCUAAGGACCCUUCAAAGGCAGAUGAACUUUCCGAGGAAGAAUUACUUUAUUUCAGUCAACUCCAUGUUUCCAAGCCUGUAAAUGAGAAGGAAGCAGAAUCAGUAAAAAACAGCCCUGAAAAAGACAAAGGAAAAGUUGAUAUUCAAGCAUAUCUAAGUCAGUGGCAAGAUGAGCUUUUCAAAAAAGAAGAAAGCAUUAAGGAUUUACCAAGAAUGAAUCAGUCACAAUUUAUUCAGUUUUCAAAGACCCUAUAUAACUUAUUUCACGGGGACCCUGAAGAAGAGUCAUUAUAUCAAGCCAUUGCUGUUGUAACCAGCCUUUUGCUCAGGAUGGAAGAAGUUGGAAGGAAACUACAUAGCCCUACAUCAUCAGCCAAAGGAUUCUCUGGUACAGUCUGUGCUUCUGGAGAAUCCAGUGAGGAGAAAACAGAGAGCUGCGUGGAGAAAGAUCCCUCCUCUCUCAGGGAAGAACCUCAGUGGUCAUUUGCAUUCGAACAGAUUCUUGCCUCUUUGUUGAACGAACCAGCAUUGGUGAGAUUUUUUGAGAAACCCAUAGAUGUAAAAGCCAAACUAGAAAAUGCAAAAACCUCUCAUUUAAGUUCUAGAACCAAGAUGUAAAUAUCUUAACAGGAAUUGCCUAUCAUAGACAAGUUUACCAAGAUUCCUGUAGCUAUCCACUUGAUUCCUGGGAGUAGGGAUCAGGGAUUUAUCUUGUUACCCAUGUGUUUGAAGG